AAAAAGAAUUUCAAUUAGCCCUAGCAGGUUUUCUGUCUAUGUCACUACUCUUCCUCAGAAGAGCCAAGCCGUUAUUUGUAUCUUGUUCUUCAGCUUCUCGUUCUCAGGCCACCUUCUUAUCUCCGACGCUUACGAAUCAGCUCCUGCGUUCGUUUCACGGUUCCAGAACAAUGUCUGAAUCAGAGAAGAAGAUCCUUACAGAGGAGGAACUUGAGCGGAAGAAGAAGAAGGAAGAGAAGAAUAAAGAAAAGGAGUUGAAGAAGCAAAAAGCUUUGGAGAAAGCGAGGCUGGCAGAACUGAAGGCAAAACAGGCCAAAGAUGGAACUAAUGUCCCCAAAAAGAGCGCAAAGAAGAGUUCCAAACGGGAUGUGUCAGAAGAGAAUCCUGAGGAUUUUGUGGACCCUGAAACUCCUCUUGGUGAGAGGAAAAGGCUUUCUUCACAGAUGGCCAAACAAUACAGUCCUGCUGCGGUAGAGAAAUCAUGGUAUGCUUGGUGGGAAAAAUCCGACCUUUUUAAGGCGGAUGCUAAGAGUUCCAAGAAACCUUUUGUUAUUGUUCUUCCUCCUCCAAAUGUGACUGGAGCCUUGCAUAUUGGCCAUGCGCUAACAGCUGCAAUUGAGGAUACAAUUAUUCGUUGGAAGAGAAUGUCUGGGUAUAAUGCUUUGUGGGUACCCGGGGUUGACCAUGCUGGUAUAGCUACACAGGUUGUGGUUGAGAAAAAGCUCAUGCGUGAGAGAGGAAUGACUAGGCAUGAUGUUGGCCGUGAAGAAUUCGUAAAGGAAGUGUGGAAGUGGAAGAACCAGUACGGCGGAACAAUUCUAACACAGCUACGGAGCCUAGGAGCUUCUCUUGAUUGGUCUCGUGAGUGUUUUACAAUGGACGAGCAAAGAUCAAAAGCUGUCACUGAGGCCUUUGUACGGUUAUACAAAGAAGGGCUUAUAUAUAGGGAUAUUCGGCUUGUUAAUUGGGAUUGUGUUUUGAGAACAGCCAUAUCUGAUGAAGAGGUUGAGUAUAUCGACAUAAAAGAAAGAACGCUACUAAAGGUUCCUGGCUAUGAGAAGCCAGUAGAAUUUGGUCUUCUUACCUCGUUUGCUUACCCUCUGGAGGGAGGCUUGGGAGAGGUUGUUGUUGCCACUACCAGGGUGGAAACGAUGCUUGGGGAUACUGCUAUUGCUAUUCAUCCUGAUGAUGCAAGAUACAAGCAUCUCCAUGGGAAGUUUGCUGUGCACCCAUUUAAUGGACGGAAGUUACCUAUUAUCUGUGAUGGAAUACUUGUUGAUCCAAAUUUUGGCACUGGUUGUGUUAAGAUUACUCCUGCCCAUGACCCCAAUGAUUGUGAGGUUGGAAAGCGCCACAAGCUGGAAUUUAUAAAUAUAUUCACUGAUGAUGGGAAAAUCAACACAAAUGGCGGGUCUGACUUCGCAGGGAUGCCACGCUUUGCAGCUCGAGAGGCAGUUGUUGAAGCUCUGCAGAAGCAGGGGCUGUACAGAGGUGCCAAAAACAAUGAAAUGAGGCUUGGACUUUGCUCAAGAACUAGUGAUGUUAUUGAGCCUAUGAUAAAGCCCCAAUGGUACGUUAACUGCAGCAUGAUUGGAAAGGAGGCUCUUGAUGUUGCUAUUACUGAUGAAAACAAGAAGCUCGAGUUUGUACCAAAGCAGUACACAGCAGAAUGGAGAAGAUGGCUAGAAAACAUACGGGACUGGUGUAUUUCAAGACAGCUUUGGUGGGGCCACAGAAUACCAGCAUGGUAUGCCACGCUAGAGGAAGAUCAGCUCAAGGAGGUUGGUGCGUACAGUGACCAUUGGGUUGUUGCUAGAACCGAGGACGAUGCUCAAAAAGAGGCUGCUCAGAAAUUUGCGGGGAAGAAGUUUGAACUCACUCGAGAUCCUGAUGUGCUUGAUACAUGGUUUUCUGCUGGGCUCUUUCCAUUAUCUGUUCUGGGAUGGCCAGAUGUAACUGAGGACUUCAAAGCCUUCUAUCCAACUUCUGUUCUUGAAACUGGACAUGAUAUUCUCUUUUUUUGGGUUGCUCGUAUGGUUAUGAUGGGAAUGAAACUAGGUGGUGAGGUUCCAUUCAGUAAGGUGUAUUUCCAUCCUAUGAUACGUGAUGCACAUGGGCGUAAGAUGUCAAAAUCUCUUGGAAAUGUCAUUGAUCCGCUUGAAGUAAUAAACGGAGUAACUCUUGAAGGUCUUCAUAAGAGAUUAGAAGAGGGUAACUUGGAUCCAAAAGAGGUGGUUGUUGCCAAAGAAGGACAAGUGAAGGACUUUCCAAAUGGUAUCCCUGAAUGUGGUGCUGAUGCUCUUCGAUUUGCGCUCGUCUCUUACACUGCUCAGUCUGAUAAAAUUAACUUGGACAUUCUCCGAGUUGUUGGUUACCGUCAAUGGUGUAAUAAACUGUGGAACGCCGUCAGAUUUGCAAUGAUGAAGCUUGGGGAUGAUUAUACCCCUCCGCAGACACUAAGUCCUGAAACCAUGCCUUUCAGCUGCCAAUGGAUUCUCUCUGUUCUAAAUAAGGCAGUAUCAAAGACAGUAGAGUCACUGGAUGCAUUUGAGUUCUCGGAUGCAGCCACCACAGUAUAUGCAUGGUGGCAAUACCAAUUCUGUGAUGUGUACAUUGAAGCAAUUAAGCCUUAUUUUGCUGGUGACAACCCAACGUUUGCUUCAGAGAGGGCUCAUGCACAACAUGCUCUCUGGAUAAGUCUGGAGACAGGCUUGAGACUGCUUCACCCACUGAUGCCUUUUGUUACUGAAGAGCUAUGGCAACGGCUUCCCUCACCCAAAGACACUGAAAGAAAAGCUUCUAUCAUGAUAUGUGACUACCCAUCUGCCAUAGAGAAUUGGACAAAUGAGAAAGUGGAGAGCGAAAUGGAAACCAUUCUCGCGACCGUGAAAUGCAUGAGGGCACUCAGGGCUGGGUUGCUGGAGAAACAGAAAAAUGAAAGGUUACCUGCUUUUGCUCUGUGUGAAAACAACGUAACAGCUGAAAUUGUAAAGUCUCACGAGUUGGAGAUCAGAACCCUUGCAAAUCUAUCAUCCUUGGAGGUUUUGCUAAAGGGAGAACACGCAGCCCCACCUGGAUCUUCAGUUGAGACGGUGAACGAGAACCUCAAGGUGUAUCUAAAAGUGGACGGAGCCAUUAACACCGAAGCUGAACAAGAAAAAAUCAGAAACAAGAUUGGUGAACUACAAAAACAAAAGGAGAAGUUGCAGAAGAUGAUGAGUGUGUCUACUUACGAAGAGAAGGUCCCUGCGAAUAUAAAAGAAGACAACGCAAACAAGCUUACUAAGAUCCUCCAAGAAUUCGAUUUCUUUGAGAAGGAAAGUGCUCGUCUUGCUGCAGAAACAAGCAACUCAGGAAAUCAAUAAAUGGAACAGAAGAACUGAGACACAAAGUCACAGUUUCUAUCUGAGGAGGCCAACAAAUGAAAUAUUUCAGGUUUAAGAAACUAUGUUUGAUGAUGUUAUGUUAUUGUGAACUAGGUUUGAGUUUUAACAAUAUUUUUACUACAUCUCUCUGAAAAGAAGAGAUUAUUCCCAAACCAUUUUUUUUGGUCAAUUGAAUUGUUCUUUGUUAAUUGCACUGAGCUUAGAGCUUCGCUUGUGUGUCAUAUGCGUAUGAUCAAGUGAAAUUACAGCAAAAGGUAAUAGAGUUAUUAAUAUCAAAAACAAAAUGUUUGUAUC